UCCCAAUUUCAAGGAAACUUCAUUCUCUCUCUCUCUCUGUAUCUCUCUCUCUCUCUCUCAUUCUUGAAACAAUGAAUGAAAGAACCAAACACUAGCAACAAAAUAAAGUAAAUUAAAAAAACAAGAGCAAUUACUAUUAAAUACCUAUUUUCAGAGAUUUUCGUCUCACUCAUUCUCUUUGCCUGCUAAUCUCCUCGAAAAUACCGAAUACCAAAUAUUCUAGAAGUUGUGUUUGUCUGAAAAAUCAAGUAUUGAUCAAUGGCUGGAAUGCUGCCAGGAGUGGAAGCUGCAAGAAGAAGAAGAUUUCACAAAAGCAACCUCAUCAGCUACGGCUCUGAUCUCUCUCCAAACACAUCCGCCGCCACCUUCACCAGGCGCUCUUCUUUCUGUCUCUAUGCACCCACUCAUGACUUCCAUUCGAAUUCUAAUUCCCUGAGGAAUCCGGGUGGAAGCCUGCAGCAGGUGUGCGAUGAGAGCAGGCUUGGUGCAGCAGCUAGAGAAGCCAAGAAGAGGUUGGAUGAGCGGCUGCAACAACAAUGGAGAUCAGUACAAACAAACAGAAUCGAGUCUACAACUCCCAGCUUCCGACACGGAUCAGGAUCUGUGGAGGAUCGACCAAUCGUUCAAUCAAAUUUACGAACGGAGGCUCCUAAAUUGAAGAAAAACGGAUCGAAGAAGCUGAACUGGUUGAAACUAAGCUGGAAAUCAUCGGAACAAGAGGAAUGUGCCGUAUGUCUGGAGCAGUUUAAGGACGGCCAGGGUCGUGGGGCCGGGCGAGGGCGAGGGCGAGGGCAUGGCGAAACCCUAAUGCAGUUGCAUUGCGGCCAUAGGUUCCACACCAGCUGUUUGGUGCCAUGGUUGGAGGCCAAGGGGCACUGCCCUUGCUGCAGAAUGGAAAUCCCUUCUUCAUGAGAAGAGUUGCAUUUCUUUUGUUCCACAUAGAAUUUACAUCUACUUUAUGAUUUGGUUAGUGUAUUUAAACUAUAUAUAUAGCUUUAGUGUUAUCAAUAGGAAAACUGUAAUUUUAGUCCGUAAUAUAAUGGAUGAUAUUUUUUGUUCUGCACAAAUUGAUUUUCGUAAUUUAGU